AUGAGUGUAUUUCCUGGAUUUGGUGGCUGGAUCAAUCAGAACAUUCAACAGCCUCUUAAGGCCGAGUCAAAGAGACCUGAGAAUGUCAAAUCUAAUUCAGAUACAAAUAAUCACGAACCAUGGUAUGAGGAUCCUGAUCAGGACCCUGAGAUGAAGGCCGAGGCCAAGAAACAUGGAGAUGUAAAAUCUAGGACAUUGUAUGCGGUAGAUCCUAAAUAUUUUGACUUAGCUGAGUUGAAGAGGCAAGGAAAAGUUUGGACGAAUGCAAAGAAAAAGCAUCCAUGGAAGGAUGCUCCUGCUAAAGUGAAGGUGAAAACAAAAAACGGUCUUUGCCAUUUGAACAUAGAAUUCACAUUGGGAUUAUAUCCUUCAGGAGCCUAUGAGAUGCUCACUAAUCCAAGAGACAUUAACUUCUUCCGUCCAUGGGACGACAAUGACUUUGAUCGCCAUCGUCUGGAAAACAAAUCAACAAAGGUUUUGAAGAAGGAUGGACCGAGACAGAUCACAAAGGUGGAGAAAAUUUUGAGAUGGAAGCUCCUUGGUUUGUCUGGAACUAUCCCUAUACAUCUAAUCAUCGAUGAAAACCAUCAAAAUCUUACGGCAAAAUAUAAGAAAGUGAAAAUGAUGUACAUGAAAGUGUUGGAGGGUAGUUGGAAAGUAGAGCCACUAUACAUAGAUUCAGAACGCUUGUGCAAGCAAACUGAACCAAAGAAUGUAAGAGAAUACAGAAAAUGUAGCGGCGGACAAGGAAGGAUUGCAUCGAAGGUGACAAUGGAGGAGAUCUUUAAGCCUUCUUUUCCUCUUAAUAUUCCACCGGUUUCUUGGAUCAUCCGUGGGAUCAUAAUUAAAACCACCAAGAUUUUGCUCGAAGAUCUUAGAGAUUUUAUUAACGUCCGGUUUGUUUAA